GAUGCCCUGCCCCGUCGCUCCUGCGCCUGCGCCGUGUGCACCGACCGGCCUCGAGCGCCACGGCGGGAGGUUUUUCUAUAUGAGUGGAGAAGACAGCUGUUACCAGGGAGGUCAUAUAUCAUUUUUUUAGGAUGUCUGAAGAUGAAGAAAAAGUGAAAUUACGCCGUCUUGAACCAGCUAUCCAGAAAUUCAUUAAGAUAGUAAUCCCAACAGACCUGGAAAGGUUAAGAAAGCACCAGAUAAAUAUUGAGAAGUAUCAAAGGUGUAGAAUCUGGGACAAGUUGCAUGAAGAGCAUAUCAAUGCAGGACGUACAGUUCAGCAACUCCGAUCCAAUAUCCGAGAAAUUGAGAAACUUUGUUUGAAAGUCCGAAAGGAUGACCUAGUACUUCUGAAGAGAAUGAUAGAUCCUGUUAAAGAAGAAGCAUCAGCAGCAACAGCAGAAUUUCUCCAACUCCAUUUGGAAUCUGUAGAAGAACUUAAGAAGCAAUUUAAUGAUGAAGAAAUUUUGCUACAGCCUCCUUUGACCAGAUCCAUGACUGUUGGUGGAGCAUUUCAUACUACUGAAGCUGAAGCUAGUUCUCAGAGUUUGACUCAGAUAUAUGCCUUACCUGAAAUUCCUCAAGAUCAAAAUGCUGCAGAAUCGUGGGAAACCUUAGAAGCGGACUUAAUUGAACUUAGCCAACUGGUCACUGACUUCUCUCUCCUAGUGAACUCUCAGCAGGAGAAGAUUGACAGCAUUGCAGACCAUGUCAACAGUGCCGCUGUGAAUGUUGAAGAGGGAACCAAAAACUUGGGGAAGGCUGCAAAAUACAAGCUGGCAGCUCUGCCUGUGGCAGGUGCACUGAUCGGAGGAAUGGUAGGGGGUCCUAUUGGCCUCCUUGCAGGCUUCAAAGUGGCAGGAAUUGCAGCUGCACUUGGUGGUGGGGUGUUGGGCUUCACAGGUGGAAAACUGAUACAAAGAAAGAAACAGAAAAUGAUGGAGAAGCUCACUUCCAGCUGUCCAGAUCUUCCCAGCCAAACUGACAAGAAAUGCAGUUAAAAACCAAACUUCAGGAUUAUUGGUGCCAACAUGUGUACCCUAAUGAGGAUCUUUGCUGCUGUUGGACCCUCCUUCACCUUUUGGAACACAAGUAUAUCAAGAUAGUGGCUACUGAUGUUCAAGUGGGAUUGAAGUGUGAUAAGUGGAUAUAUUUUGUUGUUUGCUGGGGUGUUCAUGGAGAUGUUAAAGAUUGAGGCCCUGGGCUGAGGGUGUAUAAUGUAUGUCAGCUAAGUUUGAAGACUGCCAAGGAGCAGAUUUUCUCCCUGGAAAUGUGAACACUGAACCUCUAACUCUGAUAAGGACUUGAGAUGUGUAGAAAUAUUGGGUUAUGGAAGACUAGUUUCUUCCAUAACCCUGAAUUGGAGACCUUAAGGCUAAGUGUAGAUUAUUGAGGUUUGUUAGCAAGGAAAAGAAUAAGAGUUCAGAAGCCUUUGUUACCGGAUAGGGAAAUCAGGGCCUAGUGAGGAGCACAGGUGGACUGCAUAAUGGAGUCCAUUGGCGAACCCUAUUGCAGUUUGGUCCAACUAUAUUUUCUGGUGAAGGAAAUUAAUGAUGUAAGAAAAUGAAAGAGGCUCAACUUCUCUUCCCAAAAUCUUCUGGCUUCUGAACUCUUCCUCUGCCUCUCUUUAAAUAAAUAACACAAUUUCAAAUGGUAGGAGACUUAUUAAGCCAGUCACCAAGCUUGGUCUGUCAGCCUGUCUCCUAACACCUCAAAGAUCUUGUGCCCUGUGCCGUCCCUCCCUUGUAAUUAUGAAAAAGUUCUUUGGUUUUUGGGGCGAAUUCUACCCAUGUAUAAUGAGGAAUUCUCUCAUAACCUUUUUUGUCUUGUCUCUCAUCUCUGUUCAUCCCUUCCUAUAACCUCUAGGUAAAAAGAAAAGAAAAAAAGAAAUUUCCAGAUAUUUUCAACAUUGUUAGAGUUUGGGCUAAAAUGAGCAAGGAGAAAAAACCACCAAGAACAUUUCCUGGGGCAUGCUCCACUUUUGAGGGGUGAUAUAUCUGCCAGAGAGGGGAUAUCUGACCCAGUCUUCUUUUCAGCUGAUCUCUGGGGGGAGCUGAGAACUCGCUUGCUACCUCAUUUCUGUUACUACCGUCCUUUUCCCCAGACUUUUUAUCUCCUAUGCAUCCCUUUGGUUUCUCUUGCUGCUGUUUCUUCCCCAAAAUGGUGUACCCGUGCUUACCUUUCUCACAUUCUGGACAAUGAUGAACAAAGACCUAUGCAAGACUCAGACCCAGGGAAGGGUGUGGUGCUAAUCUCAACACCUGACAUUCACAGCAAGCAUGGUCCAGCCCAACCACGUGUCUAUCUCAAACUGUAGAAAGGCUUUAAAUUUGGAAAAAAAGAAUUUAAGAUUAUGGGCAGCUUCCCUCUGUUCCCCAACUCAUUUAAAAUAGGAGGGAAUCACCUUUUGCCUUACUUACUCUUUUUUCUGAGCACAGGAAUGGGCACCUACACCCCAGGUGGUGUGAGCUGUCUCUCUGCCAGGAGUUAAGGUUCAUCAGGGGAUUGGACGGUUUAUCACUGCUUUCUUUGUGAGUUUACUUUUAGUAACUUUUAUUGAUGGCUACCUUUCAUGUCCUUGUCUAAAGAGACUUUCUCUUUCAUACUUCUUGAAUCUCAUCAAUGAAUUCCAGUGAAACAGCGCCAUUUCUUAGUAUCAUUAAAUAACUAGAAAGUAGCAAGUAUUGCUCUCUGCUGCUUUGUAUCAUUAACAUAUUAAUAAUACCAAGAAGGAAAUAUUUGAAUAAGUAUCAGAUUCUGAUCCAGUAUCUGAUACUGGACACCUGUGAGGCUGGGAUAAUUACUUUUGAACUACACGUCUUCUCUAGUUUCUGGACCUUGCUCUGUCCCUUUAACACAGGGUGAUCAAACCUGAAUGAGGAUCAGAACUCACCCAGCACUUACUAAAGCAAGAUUCCUAAACCUCUGUUCCAGGGGUAAUUCUGACAUCACCAGUCCAGCAUAGUCAGCUGAAAUUAUAAAUCUAAGAUACAGUUACAUCAAGAUUCAGCUGUGUCAUUUAAUUCUGAAACUCCCAGUAUUCUACCCUUCUUCAUCACUGCAUAUUACCCCUCUCUUCCCCCCCAAGUGGGCUAUCCUUUCAGCCCACCAACUUAGUGGCAGCACUAGGGAUUCAUUAUAAGGUAAGCCUGGUUUACAUAAGGACCUGAAGGAGAAAGGAAGCCUGUAUUUGAAGCUCACACUUUGUGUUGGUAUCUCUCAAUUUUACUGAGCCAGUGUGGAACACCACUGUAUGUAUUCGUAUAAGCCCUUGACUUUUACUGCUCAUCAGGAUUGGAAUAUUACUCUAGCGGUCUUCACAUAUAGGCAAGUUAUAGUACUUUUAAAAAGUAUCUCAUUUCCCUAUAAUGGAACCUAAUAGCCAAGUUUUUCAUAGAAAUUGCUAGAAGAGUUUGAUCAACUAUGAACGAUAGUGUUUAUAAGCAUAAAAUAGUAUGGCGCAGAAACCAAUCUUAAAAUUGAAUUUAAUGUUUUAUCGUAUUAGAUUAAAUAUCUUCUCUAAUUCAUGUCUUAUUUUUACUACGACAAGUUAGAAAGUGGGAACACUUUGAUUAAGGUCUUAAAAUUUGUGGGCCCUCAUUUGGAUAAAGGCAGCAAUCCUAAGGACUUUUUUUUUUUAACCUGAGAAUUUAUCUGUAGAGCAGAGAUUUUCAAACCUUUUGGCUGUAGCCCACAGUAAAAAACGCAUUUAUAUCAAACGUUAGAAUAUGCCUAAUGAACAUUAUGUACCAUUCUGAUGCUUUUUAUAUUUUCAGUUUUUAAAAUAUGCCAGUUGCAACCCACUAAAUUGAUAUCUACCAAUGGGUUGCAACCCUUAGCUUGAAAAAAACACUCUCACAGAGGAACUGGAAUUUCUUGAAUAUCUUCUGUUUGCCAGGCACUUCACCAGGCAUUUUACAAGUAAGGAAACUGGGCCUCAGAGAAAAUAAUUGGCAGAGGUUUACUCAACUACAAAGGGGUGAAGGCAGGAAUGUUAACUAGGUCUGUUGAGCUACAAAAACUGUUUUAUGUCUCUCAUACUAUACUGCCUCUAUACAAAAUUGAGAUGGAGGUCGGGGCAGGGGCUCAUGCCUGCAGUCCCAGCACUUUGGGAGGCAGAGGCCAGGGGAUCACUUGAGCCCAGGAGUUUGAGACCAGCCUGGACAACAUAGUGAGACUCUGCAUGAAAAAAAUUAAAAAUUAGCUGGGUGUGGCAUAGCACACACCUGUGGUCCCAGCUACAUGGGAAGCUGAAGUAGGAGGAUCACUUGAACUCAGGAGCAGCCUUGGUGACAGAACAAGACCCUGUCUCAAAAAAAAAAAAAAAAAAAAAAAAAAAAAAAAUUGGGUCGUCCAUUCUGCUUUACCAAAUAGGCUUUGCAAUGACACUUUCCAUUCAUUUGCAUCUUUUUAAAAAACUUCUGAUUCCUCACUGAGUGUCCAGCAGCCUCAAAGUUUUUAAUGGUAGCUGAUGCAGACAUACACAGUGUUCAAUUUGGCCCUUAAACUAUAAAAUCAAGAGUAUUUCAAUCCAUCCACCUGCCUACAAGUUUUCUUAAUGUUUACUGGUUAUAACCAUUGUUUAAACAGUGCUUUUUAUGUAAUUUAAAAAUAAACUUUAAUGCUUUUUAAAACAAAUUUAUCAUAAUUCAUAGAUCAAAUGAUUAUCCUUUAAAAUGAUACCCUUGGGAAAUCAUGUACUUACUGUAGUGAUGCUAGUAUUAAUAUUACUUAGACUAAUUUUGAAACUGUUCUUUCAGAAUUGCCUCCAAAGACAUUUUGCAGACCAUCCCAGAAAGGAGGGUAUGAUGGUGCUGUGUAGAACUGGCCAGAGUUCCUGGAGGAUUCUGAGGUUAUACUGAAACUCAGUGCUGUGCAGGGAGAAUUCCAUGAGUCCAAAAACCUCCUUUUGUGGGCUGCCUGCCUCCUGCCCUCCCUUAAGUGCUCUAAGAUUUUUGUACAGGAGUAAGAAUCAAAUACUGGUAACAUCAAUCACAAGAAGUUGAGGAAACCUGUAAUGUAACUAUAUAAUAUGGAACCUUUUUCUUCCAUUAAAGUGCAGAAACCAAACCAUGCUUUGUGUUAACCUUAAAUAUGAAAGGUGUUUCUCAGGGUCCCCUUUGUCCUUCCUUGCUGCCACAUGAAAUCUUACAAGGAAAGAUGAAGACAAGCCUGGGGGGGAAGUUCUCCUGGGAAAUGAGGUGUUUUCUUGUUAUAAAGUAGAAUGUGGCUGUGGUUCACAGGUACUUAACGAAUGUUAGAUAAUGUUCUUAAGUAAUCAGAGGCCUAAUAAAAGGUAGGGGAGUUUCUCUUCUAGCCUAAAUUAAUAUUAAAAGUUUGGGGGUAUUUUUUGUUUUUAAAUUAAUACUUUGUUGUUUUUAACAGGUGCUUCUCACAAUUUACAUUCAUUAAUUUGAUGCCCUUUUACAAAGAAACUUCUUAGGUAUUAUAAACAAUCAAUGUAAAGGAUCCACAUGGUAUGUAUCCACAUUGCUACUCUCAUAUAGAAAUGGGAGAUAAGAAAUAUAUCUGUGCAAUAUUAAAUUGAAAAAAAAAAAAAAACCAUAAAAGGUGUCAAAGGCAAAUGAUUUGUUCCAGAUCACAAAACUAGUUGGCACAAGAGAUAGGAUUAUAACCAGGGUCUAAGAAAAAAAAUCCUGAAGGUAAUUUCACUGAGUGUUAUGCCAUAUCAAGUUACCUGCUAAGGCUCGAGGUCUUUCAGACUAGCUUUAACAUUCCAAAUCAGGCAGUAGCUACAAUGGAAAGAUAAUUGGAUGGGGAAUCCUGAGCUCAGAGUCCUAGUUUGGCUUUGUCUCUUGUAGCAACAUUUGUUAAAAUCAGGGGCAGCUGUCUUCUCCUAUCCCAGCCAUGAAUCUUCCAAUUUAGUGGUCACCAACUUGACUCCAUUCCUUACAUCAAGCCUUGUCCUGUCAAUUCUCCCUUAAAUGUUUGUUGCAUCCAUUUCUAAAUAUAUCCAUGGCCAUCACUCUAGUAAAAGACUAUUACCUCACACCCUACACUUGAUCUUCCCCCAACUUUAAGUGGCUCCGUUCCUCAUAUCACUGCCACAAGAAUUAACAACCAUGCCCAUCUUUCAUUUUUCUGCUGAAAGAUUUUCAGUGGCUCCCACUGAAUACCAAAUAAAGUUUGAAUCCCUUAGAUUGGCAUUCACAGCCUUCUAUGUUCUGGCCCCAGCUUUGUCUCUUGAAACUCAUUACUCACCAUCUGACAAUGCCACUAAAUAUCCACAAGAGUGAUUUCAAGGUUUUUCUAUGGUGAAGGUUCAAACUGGUAAUAAACCAUGUUUACAUUUUUCUGGUCUAAAAUAAUUUCUAUAUUACUUUAUAAUAGUCAGCUGAGGUUUGUUUAAGCUCUUGGACAAGCCUAAAACUUGUAUCUUGAAGAAAAUAUUUUUUUCCACCCAAAGAAAUUGCAUUCAAUUUCUUAACCUUCAAAACAAUGUCAGUGUUGUCACCUGUGCAUUUGAUAGCUAAAGCACAAGUAUUCUUCAGGAGCAUAAAUACUCCAGCCUUGAAUGAAUACUCCAGCCAUUGUCCAGCUCCUGUGAAAAACUUAAUAUUUGGGAAAGACAUUCAAUGGUAUGUGUUUUCUAUACACUUCACAAGUAGUUGAGAUUUUCUUGUAUUAAGGUUAAUCACUAAAAAGAUGUUUACUUGGGUUUCAUUAUCUAAACCCCCUAAAGAUGUUUUCCAUUUUAUUGUUAAACUCUUGGUGUUAGCAAGGGUCAGCACAAGAAAAGGCCCAAUGGCAAGAAGUUCUGCAAAUUCUGUAAAGCUUACUGAAUUCAUUUGUCAUUUAUAAUGUUGCUGAGUGGUGCUCGAAUAAGGAAACAUGCAAUAAAUUUACUUACUUAACCAACAUUUAACUGAAGGCCUGUUGUGUGUUGAGUGCUGGGGCCAUACAUAGAAAAAUACUAGACCUAUAGACUCUACCCUUGUAAACCAUUCAGGCUAAUGAAUUCAGAUACCUAAAGCAAGUAAAUCCCAGUAAAACAUGGUAAGUGCCCUAAGAGAGGAAUGAGCAAAGUAAUACGAGGGCACACAGAGUGGAGGGACCAAACUCUGGAAAAGAAGGAGCAGGCUUUGUGGAACAUGUGGUAUUUGAGAGUACCUAAAGAAGAAUACGCCUGAUUGAAGACGGAAUUAUGGACGAAGGGCUCAAAACAUAACAUGGUGGGCUCACAGAAAACUAAGAAAUUAAACACACCUGAGUGAUGAAGCUGGUUGGAUGGAAAUAGGCUAAGAUGUUAUCUAUUUAAAAUUUAAUACUUCUUUGUUCAUAGGAAUUGAUAUAUUGCUUUGUGUCAGAUAAGACUAUUACUCCUCUGAGUUCCUCAUUUUGCCUUCUUGCCAGGGAAGUUAGUAUUAAACUUCACAUUUGGUGGAGUUCUUGGUAUAUUUGACAUAUUUGCCUUUCCCACAGGUUGUGCUUUCUUCCCUCUCUGCUUAAGAGAUCAUCUGCUUAACACUGAAUGCCCUCUUUGUUCCUAAUAGUCAUUCCAUAUUUAUUGAAAACCCACUGAGAAAACAGUCAUGAAACUUACUUCUUAGUGUCCAAGUCCUUCACAAUCGUUUUCCAUCUCUACAUGAAUAUUUCUUGACCACUGCAAUUCAGUGGCUCCGGUUUUCACUUACGGUUAAUUCUGCAAUGUUCUCGAACUUCAGAGGGGUAAAAUUCUUUCACUGGUGGUGGUGUGAUCUCCCCAACUAGACUGUAAUCUGCUUUCAGGGCAGGGAUCAUAUCAUCUUCUUUGAGUACUUCUUGCCAUGAAAUACAGUGAUGAGAAGGAAAAAAGAAACUACAUUCCUGUUAGUGAUUGUUAGAUGAUGAGUGAUGAGGUAAUAGCAUGUGAGUUCUGCUCUCUUUUGGGGACGUGUAUUGAAAUAUGAAAUAGCUUUCUAAGACAUAUCAAAUCCUUGCUUAGUACCCACUUUUAUAUAUUAACAGGAAUGAAUGAUGCAACAGAAGAAAUCCAAACAACAACUCCAGGACUUGGAAAUCAUGAAUUUAAAUUUUCAGAAUUUGCAGGUGAAGAUAUUUCUAUCUCUUUUUCCAAUUAAAAGUCAUGACUUGGAAGAGAGAAGAUACAGGACCUGAAUCACUGAAGAAAUACAGAGAAAAUUUGGACUGACUUAUUUUCCAUCCUACCUUAGGAUUGCUAGGUCAGAAUAGCAGGAAUCCAAGAAGUAUUGAUAGUCUGACAGAGUAGUAUUGAAACAGGGUGCAGCAACAGGAAUGUAAUGGUCGUGUCAAGCAAGCAGGUAUUGGCAUUGGGCAAGGGCGGGGCUGAAGAGGUAAGCAUUUGACAGGAUUUGAACCUGGGUCUCGAAUGCUAAGGUUCAUGUACUUAUUCCAACAAACAGCUGCUCAAUUAGCUGAUAGGAAUGAAAAGGAAUCCAGCGGCAUUUACUAGUCCUGCAUAGUUCCCUUUCUUUCCUCUAUAGGUUUUAAUGUUCAUAACAGGUUGCUGCCACUUAUCAGGGUACACUGGGGGUCAACAAUUCAGGAUGUCCUUAAGUCUCCCUCCUUCCUACCUUGAUACCUUGCUAUCUCACAGGGUAGUUAUGAGGAUUAAAAGACUAAAUUCAUGUUCAGUGCCUAUAAUAGUGCCUGGCUCCUAGCAACUGCAAAUGUUAGUUGCUGUUACUAAUUGUUACCAUUUUUUCCCCAAAGUUUAAAGGAAAUGCACAUUAACUUAAAAAAGGUAUCGUGUACCUACGAGAAGUGUUAGGGAGACACCUAAAAUGAGUGGAGACUUGAGAAAUAUACUAAGAAUCCUUAAAAUGGUUUUUUUUAAAGGCUUUAUUAAGAAGACUGUUCAAAGAUGACAGAUGCCUGGUAGAAAGUGCAUCUUUCUCAUCUUUAUUAAGAUUGAUAUCCAAACAUGAAAAUAUGUAAGAUCCGGUUAGGAGCAGGGUGAUCAUACAUCCCAGUUUGUCUGGGACAGUCCUGAUUUACAUCUGUUGUCCUGGUGAAAUUAUUACUAAUGCUCCCUUUUCAUCUCAGUGUCCUGGUUUGGAUGAAAAAAAUUACAUGGUCACCUUAGUAGUAAGGGCAAUGAAAAUAAGUGUGGUGUUAUCAAAAAACAAAGAGCAUCUAUAAUUAAAAAGAAUUGAUCAUUUAUAGGCUCAGAUAAAAAACAAAAUCCCAACGUUAGUGGGAACAUAUACAUGUAGGUUAAAUUACUACCAGUAAUUGUGAAAAACAAGAAAAUAGAAAAUGUUCCAGAACACUGAGCUUGGGCAAAAGGCUAAAUUUAAGGGGUAAAAGCUGAAUUCCAGAAGCCACACACCAGGAAAUUUACCUUUGAAUCCUGGAAAAUUUCUGAAUGGACACUUGUGUUUUAAAUCAGAAAGCCAUGCUCAUUUUGAAGUCAGAAUUGAUCACUCAGAAUUGAUGACCUGUUCUAUUUUCCUUGCUGUGUGCAUAGCCAGGAAUGCCAUGUUCGAUUCCGCUUCCUGGGCAGUAGUCAGGGCAGGAAAACAAGGCGUCAGAAUUCUAAGAUUGAUAUAAUCCUAUGUAGGCAAGUUUAUACAGGGCACCAAGACAGUAGGCAUGUGGAUUCCUCCCUGGUAGCCGUGGCAAUAAGUUAUUACCUGAGAAGACUAGAGCUGUGAGGAAAAAACAGGUCAGUAAUACCUAAUAAUACUUUUUAUUACAGUAAGAUAAUAGAAUAAUGACAGUCUUUAUUAACAACAAUUCUCUUGGAGAAGGGCCUGAUGUGCUUAGGAAAGUAUAGCUCUUUCUGAGCAAGAAAGCACUUCUAGGAAGGCUCCCAAUUUCCAAGGCUGUACACACCUCCAUGUUCCCUGCGACUAACUCACAUCCUAGCACCUACAACAUUCCAUUAUUUACACAUCUAUUUUGCUCCUUCACUCAACUUUCAGCUCCUUGAUGGUAGGUACAGUCUCCUUACUGUUAGAUCUCUAGCCUGGAAACAGUAGAUAAUGCUUGUUGAAUGGCAGAUGGUGUUUUGAAAACCACAACAGGGCUAUUUUGUCAAGUCUUUUGCUCCAUGAGGCCAAGAUAGGGUCAGGUUACCUCACAGCAAAUGUGGAGUUCAGAAAUUUUCUGGCACCUCUGCAGGACUCUGCAUUACCCAAGAGGGUAUUCAAAUGUCAUUCUGAUAGUUAUUAUCUCUGGCUUGGUGUGCACUAUAAGAUUUUAAUCUAUUCUAGACAAAAACUCUUAGGACCCCAAAGCCGGAUUCGGAUACAGGAUUAAAGGUGACUAGAUUCACCUAAACACGUAUUUAUGAUGGACAGAAUCAUCAGAUGAUUGUGAUUUGCAGAUUAACCAGUAGAGCUCAUUCCAUUUGUGGUGAUGCUUUCUUGUUCUUUAUUCAUUUGCUCACAUACUUAUUAUUUAAUUUGGCUUUUUUUUUUUUUUUUUUUUUUUUUCCAUCAGAGAUUUCCUGAGUACCUUCAGUGUCGCAAGUGCUGGGAUUACAAAGAUAGAGGAGUUCGGGCUUUCAGGGCAUUCACACAGUAAUAAGAGAGAUACAUGUACUUCUAACUCUGAAUUAGACUGAGUACUCUAAAAUCCAUAAAGGACUGUGGGACCACAGGGAUUGACAAGUGUUAUUAGGCACUAAGGAUGAAUGGGAGGAAUUUACUAAGCAGGGUUGGGGGAAGGGAGCAUUUUAGAGAAGCAAUUUGUAAGCUGCACUGUUCCUCUUCUGGUGACUCUAAAACCUAUUGUUUAAGGGCAGGCUAGCUUUUCCCCAAUGUGUUCUUCAAGAGGGAAGUUGGAUGCUUGCUGCAACGAAAGGCUGGGUUUGAGUGAUCACAUGGAUUCAUAUAGCUUCCCAUUCUGAUUUGGUACAAUUACCUGGGAAAUAACUUUAAAUCUGAGAAAGCUAGCAACUGUGGUCAUCUAGAUUCUGAGUAAAGUGUUUACAAUAUGAUGUUAUUUAUAACAAAGUGAAUUAGUAAAAAGUCUCAAAUAUAGAAAUAUUUUAUAAAUAUAAUUUUAUUACUUGGAAAUAUAUACAAAAAUUCAAACACAGCUAAAAAACAGUUGCUAAGCAGAGUUCCUAUCCAACCUGGUUUAAUGAACAUAAAGUUAUCAGCAUAAAACUUGAGUCCUGAAACAACUUGUCUUCAGGGUCUUUAAAUAAUGGGUUUAAAAAGAGGUAACUGUUUUGUUUUUUACACCUAUUUAAAUCUUUCCCCCAAAUAUAGAGUACUAACAUUUGUUUGGUUCAUGAGGUUUUAUUUUAGAAAAAUAGCUAAAGCUAUUAGCUAAUUAUUUGAAAACUGCAAUAUGUUUCCCCAUUUCCAGUCUUCUGUCACCUUACAUUCUCCAUAGUUUCUCAAAAAUUCCCAAUAGUUGUUAACAGAAAGCAUUUGCAACCUCCAGUAGCUCUCUAGGAUACAGAAGUGCGGAUCUAACAAUCUUGAAAAUCAUUUAAGGGGGCAAUAAUUUUUUUUUUUUUUUUCAUUUUUGCAAUUUCAUGUCAUUUUAUUUUGGUCCAGCCAUAUCUCCUUGUAGGAGAAAAAAAAAAAAAAACUGAGUUAUUCUGUUCUUCCUGAUUGUCAAUUCAUUACACUACUUUAUCCAUUCUUUUUGCUCAGGUUUAAAAAAGAAAAAAAAAAAAAA